AUGGCUGCAAAGAAGCUGCCGUGCCUGCGCGCGUACAUAUGUGUGUGUCUGUGUGUUGGGCCAUGCAUUCCCGAAAGCAAUAUGAUGAUUCCCAUAAGCAUCAUGCUCUCUCUCAAUGAUACACCGGGUAAAAAGUCUCUUGGUGCAGAUUAA